CUGUCAAUACCUAUAGUCUAAACGGAAAUUUCGAUAAAUUAGGUAUAUUCAUCUUUCCGGUCAGAGAGGGACAUCUGUGAAUUGAUAUCUUCAAUCAACUCUUCUUAAUUGUUAGCUAGCAGCGUGUCAUAUUGGCAAACAGCAAGGAAUUGUUUAUUUCUACCUUUGUUUUAAAUGUUUUAUAGCAAAAGAACUUUUGAAUAAUUAUAUCAUGAGCUUCUCAGUGUUCGACUCAGACGUUGUUUUAUGCAGCGGUGAAAAUGUAUUAACAUACAACUUACUAGACGACAAAGAAAGUGUUAUUGUCCUACCUAAAUUACAAUUCAAGAAGGAAGUCAAUUUUCAUAAUAAUGUUGAACUGGAUCUUUAUCAUGCGACUACCAAUGUGUCGUUUUCAAAAAAUGGGGAAUACUUUCUGAUUUGUACAAAUCGAAAACAGCUAUGUCUGUACAAAAGGAAGACACGAGAACUUGUAUCGAACAGGUGUUUGGUUAGAGCAGCAAGCAAAGUAAGGUUUUGUCCAAACAAUGAUAUAAUUGUUGCUGAUAAGACUGGAGACGUGUACGUGUUUUCAACAAAUACUCUAGAAGACAAUGGAAGAUUUUUAUUGGGACACUUAUCCAUGUUACUUGAUGUUUUGGUUACUGACGAUCAGAAGUAUGUUAUAACUACUGAUCGUGAUGAGAAGAUCCGUGUUUCGAUGUAUCCAAACAGCUACAAUAUUGCUGCUUAUUGUCUAGGACAUGAGAAGUUUGUAACCAACAUAUGCGAGUUGCCUCAUAAUAAGAAGAUUAUGAUAUCGUGUGGUGGUGAUGGUUUUCUCAAAUUAUGGGACUAUCGAAGUGGAAAGGAAGUUUCUUCUAUUAAACUUUCCAAUAACAUACCAGAAAAUGACAUUGCAAGAUUUACUAAGCAUCUUCAAAGUUGUGAUCUUGAUGAAAAUGUAACAGAAAUACCUGUUAAACAUUUAAGAGCAACAAAGCUGAAUGAGACGGAUUCUAUUUUGGCAAUCAGCUUGUACUACAGUAAUAAUAUUCUUAUGUAUAAAGUUUGUGAAACUACACAAAAUCAAUUUAAUAUAACAUACAUAAAUGCAUUUGAUAUAGAGGAUGAACCUUUGGAUUUUAUUUUUUAUAAAACUAACUUAUGGAUUUUGACAAAUCAAGGUUUAAAUAUUUAUGAGACUCAAGGAAACAUUUCACAAAAUGAUAAACUAAACUGUUUGUUAAUGAAAGUCAAUAACUCUUGGAAGAAAUUAAGAAGUAAUGUAAACGAGCAAAGCUUGUUUCCUAUAUUAUAUAAAAGAAAAUAUGAUAAUGUGCAGGAAUAUCAAGAUAGGAAAAAGUCGCGUUUGACAAAAAUUUCUGAAACCUAGGUGGUUGUGUAAAUAUGAAUAUUAAUAAACUGUAAUAACUGUACCUAAUCAUAUGUUGAAUUGUACAUAAUGCUUAUUGGUAUUUAACGUAUGAUCAAAAUGGACGUAAUUCUAUAAUUUGGAAGAAUUAAGGAUCAAGGAUUUGUGUUUUCAUGCGUCCAUAAUUUUUUUGUUAAUUUUCAUAAAUAAAAAACUUAUUGACAC